AUGAAAUUCAGUUCUCUACUCGCCAUCGCAACCUCCCUGGUUGCUAUCUCUGCGAAGAACAUUCUCCUGACCAACGACGACGGUUGGGCUGCCACUAAUAUCAGAGCUUUCUACAGAGACCUCAAGGCCGCUGGUCAUAAUGUCGUCAUGGUGGCACCUGCUGUGCAGAUGUCCGGUAACGGUGGAAAGUUCCAGCUUGCAGCCUCUAACACACUCGAGACGGACGCUGAGUUCGGCUACCCGCCAGCGGGCUCUCCUUCGUGGGGCCACGAGGAGGACGAUCUGAACGUGUGGUACUACAACGGCACCCCUGCAGCUUGCGUGGCGGUGGCUCUGGACUACAUUCUUCCCACCUAUUUCAACAACAUGACCGUCGACGUUGUUCUUGGUGGUCCGAACGAAGGAACCAACCUGGGAGAAAGAGACUUUGUUCUUUCGGGAACCAUUGGCGCCGCCUACUACGCCACAGAACGCGGGUAUUCUGCCAUUGCGCUCUCCGGAGCAAAUUCCAACAAUUCGUUUUUCAAGGACAAUCUCGACGACGAUCCAAACCAUUCUGCCAACAUCUACUCCAGGAAGUCUGUCGAGCUACUUGACGCAUUGUUUGAGAAGCAGGGUGACAACGAAAGACUGUUCCCUCUUUCCACCGGGCUGAACGUCAAUUUUCCAAAAGCCGGUUCCGACGUUGGCUCUGACUGUUUGGACCCAGUCUUCUAUCACUCCAGACAAACAGGCCAGGGCUUUUUCGUCUACGGUGCAGGAGUCAACGAGGAGACCAAUCUUGUGGAGGAACUUUCUUUGUAUGACAACGCGCUUGACGUGUGUUCUGCCGGUGACUGCUCGCUGCCUGCUGAGUUUGAAAUCAUCAAGAAUUGUGCCUCUGCCAUUACUGUGUUCUCGCUGGACCCAGACUCCAAGAAAAACGUAACAGACGACGUGAUCGCCAAGUUCGACUUUAUCCUGAGCUGA